UGGCAGAGCGGCGGGCUCUGUGUCCGGGACUUCUCCCCCGGUGCUCUCCGUGGGGGCUGAGCGGCGGCUGCCCUGCGUCUAUUCGUCCUCCUGAAGAUGCACCCGGACUUGUCUCCACACUUGCACACCAAAGAAUGCAACAUCUUGAUUGACUUGCUUAAGGAGUGUCACAAAAAGCACAACAUUAUGAAGUUUUUUGGUCAUUGCAACGACCUUGAUCGGGAAAUGAGGAAGUGCUUAAAGAAUGAGUACAUGGAGAAGAGGACCAGGAGCAGGGAGCACGGCGCUGAGAUGCGGAAGAGACUCUCCGAUCUGCCAGAGGAAGGGGGAAGAUAGCUCAUGGUGGCUUGGAGACCUGAAGAUGGCUGGUAGCAAGAAAAAGUCCCUUCUCUUUGGUCUCUUGAACCCUUUUGAGUGAAAAGUGAUCCAUGAAGAACUAGCUCAUGGAGAGUCAUGAGACUGUGGAUUCUCCGUAGUUGUUGAGCAAAAGCCUUUUGGACUGUGCCUCCAAGACAGUUUCCUCUGCUGCUGCCUGAGCCUGUGUCCACCUAAUACUGACUCGUCUCCACAAUAAAGUCAUCAGUGCUGGC